AUGGGGAAGCCACUAAUUUACGAGAUAAUUGAAAAGCCGGCAACGAGUUGUAUUAUAGGAUUACUCAGUGCAAUAUGGUUUUACAUACAGAAGAAAGGCAUUGGUUAUCCACAGGUGGGGUUGAGUUAUGAGACUGUAAUGGAAGGUCAGUAUUGGAGGAUAAUAACAUCAGCAUUUUCACAUAUUAGUGUUCUUCAUCUUGUGUUUAAUGUAAGUGCGCUCUGGAGCCUUGGAGUUGUAGAACAGUUGCAACACAUGGGCCUGGGAGUGAAGUUCUAUCUGCAUUACACUCUUGUGUUGGUCAUCUUAUCGGGUUUACUGGUUAUUGGAAUGUAUCAUGUCCUGAUACAGAGAUGUAAGAUUGAGUAUUUCAGAAGAGUGACUGCUGUGGGAUAUUCUUGUGUGGUUUUUGGGUGGAUGACUAUUUUGUGUGUCAAGCAGCCAUCUUCCAAGUUGGAUCUUUUUGGGUUUCUUUCGCUUCCUAUCAGUUUUGCACCGUUUGAGUCUUUGAUCUUCACUUCCAUUAUUGUUCCACAAGCAAGUUUCCUCGGCCAUUUGUCAGGGAUCAUUGUUGGUUAUGCUAUUGGAUGGGGUUUAAUUCAUGGGAUGAACGACUACUGGGCUAUUUCUAUUCUAGGAUGGACCAUCCUUAUCUUCAUUCAUAGCUUGAAAAAAUCUGGUGCCAUUGAUAUCAGUUUUCUUGAGAUUGAGCCAGUUACUGAUCCUUCACUUCCAACUGUUGGUUUUCUUGCCUCAGGAAAUGGUAGAACAACUCAAAUGAGUAAUUUAGCUGUGGUCGCUGCUGAUAUAGUUUAA